AUGCUUCCUAGAGCCGGUGAUGUACGAUAUUUGGAUAGGGAAAUAAAAAAUGAACCUGAAAAAAAUUUUAUAUCAAAUAUAAAAAACGAACCUGAAAAAAAUUUUGUGUCAAAUAUAAAAAACGAACCUGAAAAAAAUUUUGCGUCAAAUAUAAAAAACGAACCUGAAAAAGAUUUUGUACCAAAUAUUUCAACUGUCGAUGGUCAAAAAGAAGGUGAUACCACAAACGUAUUUCAGAAUGUUUUCCCCAAAUAUUCAGAAUCUGAUGUAAAGUAUCAACCAAUUGAAUCAACAGAAGUUGAUGAACAAGAUGAAAAGAAAAAUUUGUUUUAUAAAGAUGGCGAAGCAGAUAAGAAUUCAGAAAAUAACAAAGAGAUAGCUGAAUCUGCAGUUAACAUAGAGAAUACCAAAUUGGAUAAUAUUCACAGCAUAAAGAACGAAGAUCAGUCGUCAUUUAUGUCAGAAGUAGCAGAGUCGAAUGCAAAAUAUGAUAAUUUAGUGAUACGAAAGGACUUUGGUCAUGAUCAAAUUCAUUAUUUUAAACCGAAUACCUCAAGGAAAAAGCGAAAUCGAAAAAAGAAAUCAAUGAAGUCUCAAAGUUCCAAAUCAAGUGAAAAAAUUAGUGGCGAACAUCAAAAUUUUUCUGCUUCCUCUAGCCCUGAUAUCGAUCCAAAAGAUUACAUUGAAAAGCUCAGUAAUGCGAGUUCUUCUAGCACUGAAGAAAAUGCUACAAAUCAAGCUUCCUCAGUAAAGGUAUCAAGCUGCUCCUUGAAUAUAAAAGCACCUUUGCUAAAGAAACCUCCGUGUUCAGUAUCGCAAUCGCAGCCUCAUGAAAAUUAUGGUUUCUUUUCUGGACCAGUAAUCGCUGGACCUUCAAAAAUACAUGUAAAACGGCCGUCAUCUCUGGCUUCUUCAAGACCUGGACUACUAGAUGGGCCAACGCCGCAAAAAAAGGCGCCGGUUUUGCAGCAGUCUUCUUUAAAACCUCCUUUGCUCGGUGAAUUUCCUCGACUGUGCAAUGAACAAUUACGUAAAUUGUUGGGUAAUGAAUAA